AGAAUUAUAAAUAAUUCAUCUUUGCGAAAUUCUUCAUUUUCAAAAAUGUCAUAGUUUGAAAUGAAAUGACCUUUCUUGGCAGCAAAGUAAAGUUCCACACCAAUGUAGAGAGCUGAAAGCCAAUAUAUUUCCCUUAAAUAAGAAGAUUUCUAAGAUCAACGGCACAUGUUGUAUACAUUUUCUGAAACAUUUGGAUAAUAUUUCUAUUAAGGUGCUUUCCCAAUGACAACAAACUUGGCAUCCUCGGUCUCUAUUCCUUAGCUUGUGUUUCUAAUUCAGUAAAGGAGUCACCUUUAUUGUCGUUCCUGGAAUUGAUCCAAUGAUUAUAUUACUUGUAAGUAGAGUUACACAGGGCUCCAUGUGGUCUUACUAAUGUUUAUACAGCCUUGUUAUUUCCUGGACUUUAUGUUAAUUUAACCAUGGAAAAAGUAAACACAAUAACAUUUCUGGCUACACUUUACAAUUUCAAGGUGGCCUGACGUAACUUUUCAGAAUUUAGCAAAUGAGGGGCUGGAGGCUAGUGCGGGAGAGGGGCAAGUGAAUUAAUUGGCUAAUCUCCAAAAUUAAUAUGGGAACAUGAUACUGAAUAAUCCUCUGUUCAUGUUAAAGUGUGCUGCCUUCUCCUUUGAACCAUGCCUGCAUGCAACCAUUGCUCGCCAUGCUAGUCAAUGGCUGCAUGCAUCAGUCCAACAUUCAAUAUCAAGAAUAACUUGCCAUAAUGUAACUCCAAGUCAUCACAAUAAGUUAUCUGCAUUUGCAUAGCAGUUUUCCAUCCAUAGCCCCCAUUGCCUCCAUCUAUCACUUCCCAGCUUCUAUCGCUAUUUCCACCCUUCCCACCUCCACCAGAAUCUAUUUGCUACUCAACCACUCCUCAUCUGGAUCUACCCAUCAUUUGCCAGUUCUCCUCCUUACUGCUUUAUAUUGGCUAACUCUCCCCCCCCCCCCCCCACCCAACUCCUACUCUUUCAGUCCAGUUGAAAGGUCGUGUCCUGACUGUCGAUUACCCUCCAUAGGAGUUGCCCGACCUGCUAAUCUCCUCGAGCAAAUUAUUACUCCAGAUUCCAGCAUAUAGUCACUUGUAGCUACAAUUUGUUAAAGUUGCACUCCAGGAGAGUGGGACAUGCUCCAAGGCAGUCUGUGAUUAGCUUGGGGUUGAGCACAAGCAUCUUUGCUAAUCUUGCUCAUCAUUCUGGAAUAAAUAUACCUUUGCCUCGAUAGGAACCUGAAUUGUUAUGAUGGUAUUGUCUCUAUUCCAGGUCCAUCCUUAGAUGAUGAUUCUUCUUUUGAAUCCUGUAUUUUAAUAACUUAAUUUUUUUUGUGGAUUAUGAAUUAUACAAUUUGAAAUCCACAUUGGUUUCAUGUUUUUAGUGAUUAGCUUCUGACAACCUCAAUUUCUCUGUCUUUUUUUUUUCUUUCUCCAAACCAUCCUACCAAUAACUAGAGCGCAGUCCUGAGCUACUAUAUACCUAAUUGGAGACCCCCCCCCCCCCCAGACUAUCUUUGAUCGGGCUUUACUGGACUUAUCUUGCACUAAACGUUAUUCCCAUUAUCAUAUUUGUACACUGGGGAUGGCUCGAUUGUAAUCAUGUAUUGUCAUUCCGCUGACUGGUUAGCUCGCAGCAAAAGCUUUUCACUGUACCUUGGUAUAUGUGACAAUAAACAAAGCGCAAACUCAAAACUCGACUUGUAUAUUUACAAUAUUUUCUAAAAAGCGUUUAACCUCUUACAUUGAACUUUUAAAUUAAAGUAAAUUCAUUCAAAACAGCAUCAACUAUUAAAGUGUAACAGUUACAUUCAGCUCAGUUGCAAAAUCUACUGCAAGAAAUGGAAAUUGCUUCAAAAUUGGUAAAACACAUGGCAGAUGGUGUGUCACAUCACAUGGAAUGUGUUGAUAUCUGGAUAAACUAAACUUACUCAAACUCUGUUGCCAGCCCCAGUAAAAUUUAAUUCUUCUUCCUUAUUUCCUCUGCCUUGGAACUUAAUUUGCUUUUGAUUCAUUAAUAUCAUAUUUGUUAUCAGAAACCUUCAAUAUCAGUCUAAAUUGCAGUAAAAAAUCUAUUACUAUCAGGAUUAUUCCUUUAAUUCAGUCUCUUUCGGUACCCAGGUGAAGAGGAUCACUAAAUACAAACAGUUGUUUCUUUUAUCAGAUUUACAAUAAUCAUCUGAAGAUAAAAUUAUCCUUAAAAGCUAUGGCUAGUAUUUCCUUCUCCCAAUCCAAAAUGAAGUGCAUAGAAACCAGUAAUUAAUGUAGCACAUUGGAUAUAUUUUGAUUGCUUGGAUAGAUGCAAUGCAAUCUUCAUUCAAAAUCUCUGAGUGCUUUUAAAACUAUUUGCCGGAUUAGAUACUGUAUCCAAUUAAAUUUGGAGGCAAACUCAAAAAGUCUGAAUAGCUUAUUGAUGUCCCAUUAAUUCUUUUAAUAAGAUAUCUGUAAUCCAGAAGGAAUUACUUCUAAUUCUGCUGGUUGAUAAUACAGAUAUAGCACAAUACAAAUGAAAACUAAAAGCAAAAUGUCAGCAGACUUUAAAAAUGUGAAGACAUUUGAUAUAUGUAAUUUGAUCUGUAAUUCAUACACUUGCAGAAAAGAGCAGAUAGGAAAGUUGUGUAUUUGACUAUGAUAAAAAAUUGCUGAUGUGGUAGUCAUGGGAUUUUGCUGAUUAUGUUGUUCCUGGUGGUUCUACUUUCCCAGCUUGUUGAUCACAAAGCGGCAGCGAAAGAAUGGGUCCAGGAGAUACUGUUCUCCUUGGGUCUGGUUUACAUACACUAGCCAGUUAUUCUUCCCGGACAUGUGGCUGAAGGUUUAUGAGAAACCCAUCCUUGCAGCUGCACAGGUCAUCUCACGAGAGAAGGAAAGUCACUGUAGCAAUACAUCAUAAUUCUUAUUUGCAAUAAGGCAAGAGUUCUUUUAGUUCCAGGAGGCUCACGCCAACACACAAUGAUUAUUUUGGUAAUUAGAAUGACCAGGCAUGCACAUAUACUGAAGUAAGAUUUUGAUUGCAACAAAUGCUCUGUGCAUAAUUGGAAAGGUUUUUGAAGAUGCAUGAAUAGCAAGAAAUGUUCUGUAUCUGAAAGAAGCUAGCUGUGUACAAGAACAAAGAAAAGAUGAACUGGAGUACGCAACCCGGCCAUCAAGCCUUUCCCCAUGCUCAAUAUGACCAAAGGUGAUCUAUCCCAGACCUAAUUUCUUUAUGUGCUAGUUGUCCUUAGCUUGCUAUGCUCUUUUUUUUAUUUAUUUUUAUUUUUUAUUUUAUAAUGUCUUGGAAUACCCCCAGUGAGUUAGACUCCACAACCCUCUGGGAUGGAGAAUUCAAGGUUCACCACCCUCUGUAAGAAGGAAGAUGUGGUGAUGAAACUAAAUAUUGAAAGCCAGGAAAAAAUCGUAACUUCUGUCCAGGAACGAUGAUGUUCCCUUCUAGUCCCCUGCACCUUCUUCCCUGCUGCAGAUUCUCAGAUAAGUUAAUCUGAUUGCAUCGGGUGCAUAGACAGUUGGGUUCCAUGUAUUUCUGAACCUAGAAUCUACUCGCCUUUGUCUAAGCAGCAAAGAUUGAUGGAAAUGUAUCGAUUCAAAACCCAUUUUAUGUCCUGUGCGGAGGAAGGAGGUGAAAGACCGAGAGGUGGAAAUGAGGACGGGGAUCGGGGAAACAUGGUCAAUAUGUUAACAAAAUAGUUAUACAGUUGGAACCAAAAGUAAUAAUUUGCAUUGCGUUAAUAAUACCUUAUUAACAUGUUCUGUUUAAUUUUCCCCCAAACCAGUGUCCAUUAAAUACUCAAAUGUUACAGGUAACAAUAAGAUAAAUAUGAUUUAAUUGAACAGGUGGAACUGGACAACUCUGGUGUGGUAUCAAAUGACUGCUAUUGCCUGCUGAAAACAAGAAGCAAACUUGUCGUUGGCGGCAGAGUAAAACAGAUAAUUGUGCAACACCAGACAACAGUACUUCACAUUUUUGUUUUUCACCACUAUCAAUUUUAUACCAAUGACUGAAAAUAUAUCUCAAGGUGAUUUAGGAGGCAAAAUGUUAUUAUGGAUUUGUUGAUCCCAGCAAUCAGGUUAAGCUUACUUAGUUCACUGAUACCAUGAAAUAUAAAUUACAAAAUAAGGCAUUAUAAAUGGGGAAAAAAGCUAAAUUGCAUUGCUGCUGCAUAAACAAUAUCACAAAUAUGGGAACAUCUCCACUAUCACUUUUAUUCUUGUGAAGUUAAAAUUUUAAGUAAUUUGAAUUUUUUUAAUGCAUAGUUUUGAUUGAGAGCAGUAAUGGCCAAAGCCUAGAUUACCCUUUACUUUAAAGCAACUUCCGGUUCAGUUGGAUUCUAAUAAAAGCUAUUUUCAGAACUGCAUAUUUCAGAUAAAUAUUUACAAAUUUGCAAUUGAAGUUUAAUAUAUUCAGAACUUGCAAAAUAUAGAGAAAAAUCAGAUGAUUUAUUUAUAUAUGAUUGUGAUGCAAAGUAGAACAAUCAUUCAACAUAAAGGUCUAGUAAUUCCUUCUGUAUUACAGUAUUUAUAUUUGUAUUUUACCAUAGUGGAAGAAACAGCACCUGACGUGACUAUAUUCACAGAAGAACAUAGUGCAGUCAAUGAAACUAUUAAGGAUGCUGAGGACAAUGUGAGUUGCCAUGAUGUAUCCACAUCUAGCCUGGACUGCUGUUCUGAGGCUAAUACUGGAUCAAAGCCUCUGAAUGAAAAUUCCCAUGAGCUAUUACAUCAAUCAUCUCUGCCAGAACAGGAUUCUGUGCAAGAUCUACUAAAAGCUGAGGACAAAGAUUUCAUGAACCAUUCUCAUCACUCUGACAAAGAUGAAAGCAUAUCAGUAGAUUUAGCUGGCGUUGCAGAAGAACAGAACAAUAAAGUAAUUGAACCCAGCAAUAAUACAGAGGAUGUAACAAGUUGUAAUGAUAUUGCCACUUCCAACACAGAAAGUUGUUCGAUUAUAAACUCUGGGUCAGAAAUCAUGACCAAAAGUCUCCCGGAGCCUCCACAGCGAGCAACCACCCUGGAACUCGAAGAUGUUCAAAGAAUACAACAUGAAGAUAAAAUCCUGCAUCAGCAGAAAAUCAGCAAACGAACAAACACAAAUCAAGGCAGUUUUGACAAAGCCACUGAUUUGGAUCGAAACAAAAGUAAUGAAGAGAAACAGACAUUGGAAGCAGAGCUGCAGAAAUGCGUAGAGGAUUUGAAAAAAAUUAAAAUACCAUCUACAUUCUUAAAGAAACAGAGACACUGGCAAAAUGAAUUAUUAAAGAAGUAUGAUAUGUAAUUCUAUGUAUUAAGGUUAAAAAAGAAUAAUUACAAUACUUAUCCCAAUUCAUUUGUGAGCUUUCUCUUGGUAGAAUUGUGAAGUAAAAUGUGAAUAAAAUAAUUACACACAUGGUCCUAUGUCAAUAUCCAUCAAAGUAGCUGCACAGAACCUAUAUAAAAUGUUAAAUUAUUAUUUAUCAUAGUUUUCACACAUUCUGAACUGGGCUACAUUUUCCAUGAAAAUCAAUUUAUUUGUUUUCAAACUUUCUGUUUCUUACUGGCAAUAGCCAUUAAAGAAUUGUAUUAUGCACUGUUGUAUGGAAUGUACUAUUAUGUCCAGUUUGCUGGGCAAUCAACAACAAGUUGGAAUUUGUGAUUUUAUUAUGACCAUGAGCAUCAACUUUAUUUCUUUUAAGACAUGGAGUUUGAACCCAAAACAAAACAAAAUCAGUUAAUAUACUUAAAUAUACUCAAAGAACAAUUACUUGAAAUCACGUGUAUAAUUUUGUAAGAUUUGUUUGUGUUUCCAAGCGUUUUUUUAAUCAGGCCUGUGAUACCCAAAUGAGGCCCAUUAAUUUUUUUGAGGGUAUAGAUACAACUUUGAUUAAAUUUGGUGAUAU